GUUCGUCAACCAAUGAACGUAUCCGAAAAACUUGUCGUAUGACACAUGUAAUAUCAGCUUAAGAAGUUAUUUCUUUUAGUGGAUUCCUUCUCAAUUAGAGGUUAUGAAUCAGGACUACUUUCGUUUCACGGAGUUCGACUUCGUCCUUUUUUAUUUCAUGCAAAUUAACAAUAGUGCCAUUCAAUAAUUCGUACUAAUGUAAUAAUGGAAUAUCUGCAGAAAGUUGCUGGAUAUCUAAAACAUGAUACUCGAUUGGAUUUGAAAGCUGUUACAUUAAAUUAUGUACUUGGUAUGACAGCCACAAGUGAUGGCCGAGAAAUCUUGUUGGAGUUAGCAGAAAUAUUAAAACAGCUUGUUGUUCUCACACAAGAUUCUUCAAUUCCUAUUAGCAAGGAUGCUGUGUCGGCAUUAGUAAAUAUUACUGGAGAUGAAUCAGGAACUAACGCAUUGUUAAUUAUUUCUGAAUCAAACACUUCAACAAAUAUAUCAGAACAUAGUUUCAAUUUAAUAGAAGUUUGUAUAAAAUCUAUAAUGGACAAAUCUAGUGUUUUGGCAGAUCCAUGUUGUAUGAUACUUUCCAAUAUGACUAGACCUUUUCAUUUAGUUGACAGAGUGAUAACAUUGAUUGAACAGUGUGGUUAUAGCUGGGAUGCAAUAGUGGCUGCAUUUACUGCAAAGCAAUAUAAUACUACAGGUGCUAAAAUACAUUAUCUUGGGCCAGUCUUCAGCAAUAUCAGUCAGUCGCCACGUGUAAGAAGAUACUUGAUGGAUCGAGUUCAUUGUGUUAUUCAACGACUAUUUCCGUUUACAGAACAUCCUGACACGAUAAGACGCGGCGGUAUUGUUGGUACUUUAAAAAAUUGUACUUUCGACACAGAAAAUCACGAAUGGUUGCUGAGUCCAGAAGUGGAUUUAUUAUCCUAUCUAUUAUUGCCACUUGCUGGUCCAGAAGAGUUUGAUGAUGAAGACAAUGACAAAUUACCAUAUAGUUUGCAAUAUCUGCCUGAAACAAAGACUCGAGAACCUGAUCCGGAUAUAAGACUUAUGCUUUUGGAAGCGUUGAAUCAACUCUGUGCAACAAAAGCAGCUAGGCAGAUAUUGAGAGAAAAAAAUACAUAUAUCAUACUUAGGGAAUUUCACAAGUGGGAAAAGGACACAAAUAUCUUAUUGGCAUGCGAAAAUGUCGUAGACAUUUUGAUAAAAACCGAGGAAGAGAUUGGCUUAGACAACUUGAAGGAAGUGGAGGUACCCUCCGAGUAUACGAAGAAAUUUCAUGAGAUGGAUAAAGACUUUAUUAAUAACACGGUGUAAAAUUUUACAUAAUAAAUAUAUAAUGUUUGGUAAAAUAUUGUAUACAAUAUA